AUGGGUAAGCCGAAGGGAACCGUUGCUUCGCCGUUGAAGAUGCAGCCGAAGCCGACGAAGAAGACCUUGAAGGUUGCAAAAAAGCCUGCUAUGGCAUCCAAGGGUGACCGUGGCGACAAGGGCGACAAGGGCUUGAUCAACCGCAGCAUCGAGGAAAUGAAGCAAGGGGUCUCCACGGACGAGUGUGAGGCCCGUGACAAGGGCAAGGCCCUCAAGUAUACCAAGUUGAAAGAAGCUGGAGCAUUGCCCCAGCACAUUAUCAGUUUGGUGGAAAACGAGUCCAAGAAAGCCACAUCAUCCCGCCAGUUCAAGACCAUGGCGAUUAACCGCCUUUUCCAGAGGGACGAGGACGGUAUCAUUUCCCUUGCCACGGGGGACAGCCUUUUUCAAGAAUCCCAGGAAAUCUUCACCCAGACGUAUGCGAAGAAAAAGGAAAAGGCACUACCUCGGUCUAUCAUUCAGGGCCUCUACUUCCAGAACGAUGCUAAGAGCUUCGAGGCCGCACUCGCCAGUGGCGAUCUUGAAGAAUGCGAAGAAGACGGCCGGAAGUUUUACAGCUUCAAGGAGUACACGGUUGCCAAGGUGGAGGGCAAGACCACGAAACACAAGAUGCAGACGGAAUGCGGGGUUGAUGUGCAGGAGCAGCGAGAGCUUCAGGCGGUGUUCGCUGCAGUGGGAUGGACGAUGAUGGCUAGCAAGACGAAGAAGAAAUUGGAGAACACGGCGAUGGUCAACGAGGAAGGUGGCUUGACCGAUCCGGCUGUUGCCCUCAUCACCAAGGCCCAGGAGUCCCAGAGCAAGUUGCAGAAGGCGGAGGGCAUGCAGCUGCUGAAGUCACCCAAGCUGACGGAGAACAAGUCGAUUCUGGACAUCAAGAAGGGCUGUGCUAUGUGUAUGACAUUUUCGACCCAGCCAGCUGGCUCAGAUCGUGGACUUCCAAGUCUUGCCGGAUGGAGAAUCCAUCUCGAAAGCAGGGCUGGAUGCUUUCCUGAAGACCGUGGCCGAGGCCACUCGCGAUUUCAACGAGAAGUUGGAGGUGACCAAAGGUCUCCUCCGGAGCAAGAGCAACUGAUGCUCUUCCCACAUGUGGGGCAAUGGGAUCGAUUUUGA